AAAGGCCUAUAUAUUAAAAAAAAAAAACAUUGAAUCUUUUUUUUUAGGAAAUCCAUUGAAUCUUGUUCCUCAAGCAAGAGGUCUAUAAAUUUAAAAUCGGAUCCCUAAUCCAAAUACUAGUACUUCUUAAAAGGUUAUUCUCCUUCCUUGCCGCUGCAAUAGAAAAUCUCAACUUGAACAAAAUCCAUCCUUCCUUCCACCAGCUAUGGCUGCUAUGAGAAUAAAGGACGAUUUACAGCGAGGAAGCAUCGAUAUGGACUUGGAGACAACGGAGGGUGUGAAGACGUUUAAAAGUUUUGAGGAGAUGGGAAUCAAAGACAAUUUACUCCGUGGAAUCUACCAAUACGGUUUUGACAAACCAUCUGCGAUUCAACAACGUGCUGUUGCGCCUAUCAUUCAAGGUCGCGACGUCAUUGCUCAAGCUCAAUCUGGAACUGGCAAGACUUCCAUGAUUGCUCUAACUGUUUGCCAUCUUGUGGAUACUUCAGUGAGAGAGGUGCAGGCUUUGAUUGUGUCGCCGACAAGGGAACUAGCCUCACAAACUGAAAAAGUUAUAUCCGCUAUUGGAGAUUACACAAAUAUUAGAGCCCAUGCUUGUGUCGGAGGGAAAAGUGUGGGAGAAGAUAUAAGGAAACUUGAACACGGAGGAGUUCAUGUAGUGUCUGGAACUCCCGGUCGAGUUCUUGACAUGAUCAAAAGGAGAACAUUGGGCACAAGAGCUAUCAAGUUGCUUGUUCUGGAUGAAUCUGAUGAAAUGCUGAGCAGAGGUUUUAAAGAUCAAAUUUAUGAUGUGUACAGAUAUCUCCCACCCGAUCUUCAGGUUGUCCUGGUUUCCGCUACGCUACCUCAUGAUAUUUUGGAGAUGACAAAUAAGUUCAUGACAGAUCCUGUCCGAAUCCUUGUAAAACGUGAUGAAUUGACAUUGGAGGGCAUCAAGCAAUUUUUCGUUGCCGUUGAAAGGGAGGAAUGGAAGUUUGACACCCUGUGCGAUCUUUAUGAUAUUCUUACCAUUACUCAAGCUGUCAUAUUCUGUAACACUAGGCGAAAGGUGGACUGGUUAACUGAAAAAUUGCGAAACAAUAAUUUCACCGUCUCCUCGAUGCACAGUGACAUGCCUCAAAGAGAAAGAGAUGCAAUUAUGGGAGAAUUUCAUGCGGGAACAACCCGAGUAUUGAUAGCAACAGAUGUUUGGGCUCGUGGCAUUGAUGUGCAGCAGGUUUCCCUAGUUAUUAAUUACGAUCUUCCCAAUAAUCGGGAGCUGUAUGUUCAUCGCAUUGGCCGUUCUGGACGUUUUGGGAGAAAGGGUGUUGCAAUAAAUUUUGUGAAAAAUGAUGAUAUCAAGAUUCUAAGAGAUAUUGAACAAUAUUACAGUACGCAGAUUAUUGAUCUGCCAUCAAAUGUUGCUGAUCUUAUAUAACAGAAAGGGCAUGCAGUAUGUUGGGUGUGAAGUAUAUCUGUCAAAUUGUUGAAUUUAUAUCAAAAGGUGCUAGUUGGAAUGUGUCUGUAAAAUUCAUGCUACCAAUUAGUGUCGAUUGUGGUUUUAUUGUAUUUGUACUACUUUCUAUUCUAUUAUGUUCGUACCAAAUUUUGACAUUUGGUAGAUUAAAAU